UUCUAUAGUACGGUAUAUAUACUAGGUAACACUAUGUUGUUAUUUGUAUUUUGUUUAUUAAAAUCUGAACUCUGAAGAAUCGUUGAAUUCUGAAUUUUUAUUUUUUGAUAGUUAGCUUUAUGUUAAUAUAUAUAUCAUAGGUAGCUAGAAUGUUUACUAGUAAUAAUUAACUAUUUAUUUAUUUUUAAAUUUAAGUAUAAAAUAUACUACGUAUGUAAUUGUCGUUUAUAUAACGCUUACUAUUAACUUGAUUAUUUUAUUAAUGAUAAGUACAAAAAUCAUUUUAGUUAAAAAUCAUUUUUAAAUAACGAUUUGUAACCAUUUUUAAUAAUAAUAAUUUUUAUAAUUCUACAAGUUAUUAUUAUAAACUUAAAGAGGGUUUUUGAUUUAAUUGAAUUUCAAACUAUAGUAUAUACCAAAUUAGUUAAAUAUGAUUGGCGAGUCAAGAUCAGAGUUUAGACUUAAGAACCCACCAGAAGACGGAAUAUCCUCUGUAAAAUUUGGACCUAGUUCAUCUCAAUUUUUAUUAGUAUCAUCUUGGGAUUGUUCAGUUCGACUUUAUGAUGUCCAGGCGAAUAGCAUGCGCACAAAGUAUACACAUGAUCGGCCAGUAUUGGAUGUUAGCUUCCAGGAUGCAGUUCAUUCAUUUAGUGGUGGUCUAGAUAACAAGUUGAAAAUGUAUGAUUUGAAUAGUAAUUCUGAAAGUGUCCUAGGCUCACAUGAUAAUGCGGUACGCUGUGUUGAGUAUUCUAAUGAAGUGAAUGUAGUUUUAUCCGGUGGUUGGGACGGCAAUGUUAAAAUGUGGGACACAAGAUCAUCUCAAUGUGUUGGAACCCUCCCCCAACCUGACAAAGUUUUCACUAUGAGUAAUGUAGGUGAAAAACUGGUAGUUGGCACUGCUGGGCGUAAAGUAUUUGUUUGGGAUUUAAGAAACACGGCAUAUAUAAUGCAAAGGAGAGAAUCAAAUUUAAAGUUUCAAACAAGGUGUAUACGUUGCUCACCAAAUAAACAAGGUUAUGUGUUAAGUAGUAUUGAGGGACGUGUGGCUGUUGAAUAUUUUGAUACAGCUCCAGAAAUUCAGAAGAAAAAAUAUGCUUUUAAGUGUCACAGAAUAAAAGAUAAUGAUAUUGAAUGCAUUUACCCGGUUAAUGCUAUAAGUUUUCAUCAAGUAUUUAAUACAUUUGCCACGGGUGGUUCUGAUGGAUAUGUAAAUAUUUGGGAUGGUUUUAAUAAAAAAAGAUUGUGCCAAUUUCAUCGUUACAAUACAGGAAUUACGUCUCUAUGCUUUAGUCAUGAUGGUUCAUCUUUGGCUAUUGGCAGUUCCUACAUGUAUGAACAAGACGUACAUCCAGAUCCAAUACCUGAAAAUAAUGUUUAUAUUAGGUAUGUUACCGAUCAAGAAACUAAACCAAAAUAAACAUAUUUCAUAAAUACUUAAUUAUUAUACACAGUAGUAUUGUGAAUUUGUUAAUAUUUUUAAAUUAACUUACCACUUUUUUUCAUUAAAAUGUUUGGUAUAAAUAAGAUAUCUUUAUGUAUUCAAAAUGAAUUUUAAAGUUUUUCAUGAAAUAAUGAAUAGAAGAUAUUAAACUUUUUUUUUAAGAUAACUGAAAUUUUAAAUUUGUAAACAAACUUCAUUGUGUAUAAACAUGUUUAAAUGAAUAAAAUAAUAAAUAUUUUUAGUAGAAUAAUGAAUUCUAGAAAAUGUAAGUUUUAAAAUAUUUAAUGUACUUCUCUAUAUAUUAUAUAUAUAUAUGUAUG